AUGGGUACAUCGAACGCUGGCAAUGAUGAUCGACAACUUGAAGAAUGCUACAGCAAACCAAUCUCAGCGUGUUGUUCCUCCCUCCCUGAGAGGAUAGCAAAAGUCCCCCCCACGGCAAAUCGUUGUAUGAUUGAGAAUUCAGUGAUGAACCUGUUGAGUUCGUUCACCUAA